GUGUUUGAGGCGCCAGGGGCGGUUUAUAAAUUGAAACAGGGCUCUGGGAGAACUGGCUCAGAUCCCGGUCGUUAAGUUUGUUGUCCACUCUCAUUCUUCACUGAAACUUUGUUAACUUUCCUUCACAACCUUUGCCUUUAAUUCCCCUGAAAUGACGGCCACCGGGAGUUCUCCGGACUUUGACGGGAUGUACUCCCAGCUGAUAGAAGACGAGGUCACCUAUGACGGGUUCAACCGCAAGCCAGAUGUGGGACACAGCGCUCACCCGAUCUCCUCAGUCAGACCAGCCUCCAGACUGAGUGGCCCCGGGCCCUACCGCCUCGCCACCAUCUGCCUGGCUACGCUGUGCGCCAUCCUGCUGAUCUCCAUCAUAGCUGUCAGUGCACACUAUAAAAACAAACCUCAGGGCGGUGGUGAAGUGACCACAGAGAUACAGAAGCAGACGCAGGGAGCAAACGUGUCGGCUCUGACUGCUACCAUCCAAAAACUGCAGCAGGAGAAAGUACAGCUGCAGAGAGAGAGGGACGAGCUGCUGGCCAAACUGGCCGCCACUAAAGCUCCUGUGGUGAUCAAACCGACACAGACGGCACCGGCCCCCAUCGUCUGCCCCAUGGAUUGGCAUCUCUUCAACAACAGCUGUUACUUCAUCUCCAGAAUCUCAAGGGAUUGGCCAGAGAGUCAGUCAUUCUGCCAGAGCAAAGGAGCUCACCUGGCCAUCAUCCACACGGCUGAGGAGCAGCAAUUUCUGUGGGAUCUGCUUCCCAGAGGCCACUGGAACGCCUACUGGUUCGGGAUCACUGAUUCACACACUGAGGAUCAGUGGAAAUGGGUGGACGGCACUCCGCUGGUCGGAGGUUUCUGGGAGGUCGGCGAACCGAACAACCACAUCGACGAGGACUGUGGCUACAUUGUGAAAACACGCGUGUUGGAGCGAGUGGCGAUAAGGAGCUGGUAUGACGCCCCCUGCACAAUGAACUGGCCCUACAUCUGUGAGAAAGAGAUGGGCCCCGGUGCCAGCACCGCCAUACCACACUGAGACGACCACUGAUUCUCUGAAGGAAAGAGGGGGAAGAAGUUUAACCAGUUGGUAUUUUGUCAGGUUUUAACAAACUGCUUUUUUUGUCCUUCACUUUUUUUCACUUCAAAUUCACAGCUCAGUUAGAUACUGAUGUUCACUUUUUACAUCCUAAUACUUUCCCUGAAAUUAAUGUAUGGAACUUGUUUUGGGGAGUCUGCUUUGUCCAGAACAACAAACACGAGCAGGACUGAGCAACAACUUUGUUAGAAUCUCUUAUUCGGUAGAUUGAAAUAAACGUGCGUAUAAAUGCAAGAAUACAAAUCAAAUAGCAUUUUAAGUUCCUCUGGCUUAAUUUGGCGCCCCUCACUUUUCUACUGAAGAAAGUAAUCAGGACCUCAGUGGCUGCUGUUGGUGAUCAGUUGGUUUAGUAGUUAGUUAUAUUUUUACAUAUACAGUAUAUAUAUUUUUUAAACAUAUGAGAUGCUUUAUAGUCCAAGAAAACCUCAUUUGAAUCACUUUCUGAAGGAGGAAUACGGUGCUUCUACGACUUAAUGUAAGAUGUGUUACAUGGUUGUGGUACCUCUGUGCCUUAAACUGCAUAAUAAUAUCAUAUUUUUACAUGUCUGUGUUUUAGAUUUUUUAGAUGUUAAUCUAACUAAUGGGGUUUUAAUUAAUGAAUAUAUUGUUUAGCUGUACAUAAACAGUAAAUAUGUGGGAGUCUGACUAUCUGAUCUGUAAUCUGAUGCACUUUUGCUCACUUGAUUGAGUCGUGAUUAAGCAAAUAUGUGAAGCUGCAGAAAUGUGUCCUGUCUUCCCUUGUGUCUCCUCCCCCCUCGUUUUGAGGGCGUCGCCAAGCUCAUCAGGCACCUGGCUCAUCUCCACACCUGUGCUUCAUCUGCCAAUCAGCACCAGUACAAAAACCCCAGCUCUCCACUCACUCAUUGCCAGACUUUCAUCAUGUCAGUGGUUUUCAGACUCUCAGCUGCUCCACAGUAGAGUUUAUUCUCUAGUGAGUCUUUUGAGCUUUGGCUGGUUUCUGUUUCUCCCUCUGUCUUAGAAACCCCCUGUACUUAACCAAUGAACAACACAACUCAUGCUCAUGAUAUGAUGGUUUGCUGUCUGUGAUGUCUCUGCUCUGUAUUGUUGUUGUUGCCCAGCAGGUGGCACUGCUAGCAAACAACCUGUAAUCAAAACGUUGACUAUGUGAUGGAGUCUGUAGUCAAACAGAGGAGGUGGAGAGGAACUAAAGUAGAUUUUCAAAUUCUU